CACCAUCUUUCUCUAUCUGUGAGCUCAUGAUGAAGUCUAGCCUGUGCAUGAUUGGCUGAGCACUGAGCCUGACACCAAAUAAAAGCAUCAGUGCCAAAUCUAUAGCGAUUCAACCUGCAGCAAAGGUGACCACGCUGACUGACCCUUCUUGUGCACUGUUUGCUGAUUCAAUAACCAUGUGGACGUCUCUCCUGUGUCUUCUGCUGGCCGGUGCAGUGUCUGCCGCUCCACUUUCACCGUUUUUCAAUUAUCUCCCUCAUUAUGGCAGCCCGAGGCAGGGGAAUACUGGUGGCUUCCAGGGAAUGCCAUCACAGCCACAUCCUGCUAUGAAUGCUCCGAUCAGCAUGGAAAUCAUUUUCCCUCCGCGAUUCCCUGCUAAUCCAGCAGGAGGAGCAGCGGGAACAUCGUCAUUCCCCACACAAGCGUUCAUCAAGUACUCGCUCCCCAAAGCUCCCGGCAGAAAAAGCGUUGAAAUCAUCUUCCCCUUUGACUUGAUGCCACAGACAGUUCCUCAACAGCCACCUGUGAACCCACCAUUCCAGGAUGGUGCUCCACAAACCCAAGAGCCUCAGCAGCAAACCCAGCCGGAGCAACAGCAGCAGCAGCAGCAGCAACAGGCUCAGACAGGACAGGUGUCUACCAGACCAUGAAGAUCGACUCAUCUGGGAAGCAGGAAAAAGACAUCAAGCAGCAAGAGCAAUGAACAUUUUUUUUUCUUCUUGUAUUGCUGUUGUCUGAUGCUAUUUAGAAUUAGUAAAAACCUUUACUGGAAUAAUCAUUGAGCUGAUUUUGAUUUUUAACAUGAAGGUGAUGAUCUACCCAUAACACAACUUCUGUAAUUGCAUGAUGUAAAGAUAAUUAAAAAUGAUAAUUUAACAAUCAAACCUUAUUUCAAUCUCAGAUGUCAGUUCUGUAUCAUGUAGUCCUUUUGUGAUUAGUGUAAUAAAGUUGAUUAAACAAAAA